UGCCCCCUCUGCUAUAAUACCUUUGCACAUAGCUCCACUUUAACCAUUUAGAAAAAACUCGUCAACAUAAAAGAAACCAUAGAGCUUUGCUGAAUAAUUCAACAGCAAGAAUGGCAUCAAGGCCAAAUAAGAAACUAGGCUCAAACAAGAACCUAGAGAGUUUAUUAGACAUGGAUCAAGCAGGAGGAGUUGCGAAAAAAUUGAAUAAUCAACUUAGACCACAGAACUCUGUUCCUGGAACAGGGCUAGAAUUUAGUAACCUUUCUUAUAGUGUCAUAAAGAAGCAGAAGAAGGAUGGGGUUUGGAUGAAGAAGGAAGCAUAUCUUCUUCAUGACAUCUCCGGCCAGGCCAACAAAGGCGAAAUCAUGGCGAUCAUGGGGCCGAGUGGUGCUGGAAAAUCCACCUUUCUUGAUGCCUUGGCAGGGAGAAUUGCUCAAGGGAGUCUUGAAGGAUCAGUUAGAAUUGAUGGAAAACCAGUGACUACAAGUUACAUGAAGAUGGUCUCAUCAUAUGUGAUGCAAGAUGAUCAAUUGUUCCCUAUGUUGACAGUUUUUGAGACAUUCAUGUUUGCAGCUGAGGUUAGGCUUCCUCCUUCAGUUUCAAGGGAGGAAAAGAGGAAGAGGGUUUAUGAGCUUCUUGAUCAACUUGGCUUGCAGAGUGCAACACAUACAUAUAUUGGUGAUGAGGGAAGAAGAGGAGUAUCAGGAGGGGAGAGAAGAAGGGUGUCCAUUGGCAUAGACAUAAUUCAUAAGCCAUCCCUUUUGUUCCUUGAUGAACCAACCUCAGGACUUGAUUCAACAAGUGCCUACAGUGUUGUUGAAAAGGUUAAGGACAUAGCAAGAGGAGGUAGCAUUGUCCUCAUGACCAUACAUCAACCUUCAUUUAGAAUUCAAAUGCUCCUUGACAAGAUCACGGUCUUAGCAAGGGGAAGGCUUGUAUACAUGGGAAAGCCAGAUUUACUGGGUGUAUUCCUUUCUGGAUUUGGAAGGACAGUACCAGAUGGAGAGAACAGCAUGGAGUACCUAUUAGAUGUCAUCAAAGAAUAUGAGCAAUCCACCAUUGGACUUGACCCUCUUGUUCUUUACCAACGCGACGGCCUCAAACCAGAUCAAGCCGCCAAAACACCUGUCCCAAGAACACCAAGAACAGCUUACACAAGGAAGAACAACCCUGCUGGUGCUUCAAAACACAUGAUUAGCCUAAAAUCUCAAGGAUUCACGGCAGGAACAUCAGUUCCUGAUUCCUCAAACUUCAGUUAUGGCUAUAAUUAUGAAGACGAAGGCGAAGAUGAUGAUGAGAAUUUUGACAAUUCUCUUGAGAGGAGAAGUGCUACUACUGCUCAAACUCCAAGGACUAUGGCCAGUGGUGUCCAUCCCCGGUUGGCUUCACAGUUUUACAAAGACUUCUCUGCCAAGGAUUUCUCUGUUUGGCUCUACCACGGUGUGGUAGGGACACCUCGCCGCGCGCCCUCUUGGACGCCGGCUAGGACACCAGGGGUGACACCUAUGUCAGCUUCUAGAAGUGUUAUGACAAGCCAACAACAAGAUCCUUAUUAUGCUCGCGCGAAAACACCUUCACUAGUUAGCCAAUCCAUGAACAUCUAUGCAACUUCAUAUCAAGAAUUUGAUAUUGAAGAAGAAGUGCUUGAUGAGCCAAGCCAUGGAUCAAAGUAUGCAAAUCCAUGGCUUCGCGAGGUAGUCGUGCUCUCAUGGAGGACAAUGCUGAAUGUUAUUCGAACUCCAGAGCUAUUCCUGUCCAGAGAGAUUGUCCUAACCGUCAUGGCACUUGUCCUCUCCUCUAUCUUCAAGAAUCUAAGCCACACAACUUGCUUAGACAUCAAUAGGCUCCUCAACUUCUACAUCUUUGCAGUAUGCUUAGUCUUCUUCUCUUCGAAUGACGCCGUCCCUUCCUUCAUCCUGGAGAGGUUUAUCUUCAUUAGGGAGACUUCUCACAACGCUUAUCGCGCAUCAUCCUAUGUCAUUUCUUCCCUUCUUGUUUACCUCCCUUUCUUCGCUGUCCAGGGACUAACUUUCGCAGCCAUAACAAAGUUUUUGCUCCAUCUUAAAAGCAAACUCUUGUACUUUUGGCUAAUCCUUUUUGCUUCUCUUAUAACCACCAAUGCAUAUGUGAUGCUUGUGAGUGCUCUUGUUCCAAGUUACAUCACAGGAUACGCGGUUGUUAUAGCAACAACCGCGCUGUUCUUCUUGACAUGUGGCUUCUUCCUCAAGCGAACUCAGAUACCAGUGUAUUGGAGGUGGUUGCAUUACAUUUCUGCUAUCAAAUACCCUUUUGAAGCAUUGCUGACGAACGAAUUCGACAACAACAACUGCUACACAGGGAACCUAGCCGAUCUGUCUCCGGGUCCAAUGGGAGAUUUGAAGUUUAGCCAACAACACAAUUUCAGCAGUAACUGCAUUUUGAUUGGGAAGGAUGUGUUGGAGACAAUGGAUAUUCAGUUGGAUAAUGUAUGGUAUGAUAUCUUGAUCCUGCUAGCUUGGGGUGUUCUUUACAGGUUCUUCUUCUACUUGGUACUGAGAUUUUACUCCAAGAAUGAGAGAAAAUGAUGAACCAAUCAUAUAUAUACUAUGUCUACAUUUUUUGUUCUCGAUAAAGUUUUAGACUUCUAUGUACCAUUUUCCUAUGGUUUGUUGAAAAAUUUGAAACAAUAAUAACAAA